AUGCUCAAUAAUUCUUUAGUUUCUCAUCAAUUACAAAAUUCACUCAUAUAGUAUCCCUUACCUGUUCCAAACCCUACUUAACCUAUAUCUGCUAGACAAAAAAUCCACGUCUCCAACUUACCUUUAAAUGUCACAACCUAAUAAUUGCAAUAAGCCUUUUAAACUUAUGGAAACAUUUUAGACAUCAGGAUCAUCAGAAAAACACCUACAGGUAUAGGAGUUAAUUGACAAAAGGAUUACCUUUACAUAUUUCAUGUUAUGCUUUUAUUGCUUUUGCUGAUAAUGAUGCGGCUGAUAAGGCAAUUCAAGAUGGUAGAAUCGGGGAUUGGACUGUGAAGCCUUAAAUCGAUAAACAAGCUAUUACUAGAUGCAAAUCUAGAUCUCGAUCCAGAUCUUAGGAGAAAAACAAACAAGUAUUAACUAAUGGACCCAUUACUCCUUUGGAGCCAUCUCCAAAAAUAUAAAUUCAACUUUUUGUUAGAGAAUUGUUUGUUAGUGGAAUAUCCAAGAAUUAUGAUGAAUUGAAGAUUCGCUAGGUAAUAGAAUGUGAAAAUUAUAGAUUUUUUCAUAAUUUGGCCCUAUAGAGAGGGUUGAUCUGUAUCCUAAUAAGCAUAAUAUAUUUAACAGUUAUAUAAAAUUUUUUACUGUAUAAACUUUUUUUUUAUUUGAAUUUAGAUAGAUUAAGCUAUUUCUGCCUAUGAAGAAAUGGAUAGUAUUUAAUAAUAAUUUUCUACUUAAAUAAAAAUUUAUUUUUCUGACCCUAUAAAAAGACACAAUAUUGUUGGCAAUAAGUAAAUUUUAUUAGAAUUUUUAGUUUAUCAAAUGAGUAACAUUCUAAACUUUCAUCAGUAUUAUUUAUAUUUUUUCCUCCUAAUUUAAAUAAAAAAGUUGAUCAUGCGUUUUUGUUUGAAGUAAUUUUUUAAAUCAUUUUAUAAAAGAUAUGCCAGAAUCAUUAAUGCCAACCUCUCCUAUGGAAUCACGUUCAACAAGACCCAAAUUACAAAUCAUACACUCUUCUACAAUUCAGAGACACAAAACAAGCAAUCCAAAUACGAAACUACCUCCAAUAGCAUUUAGUAGACCUCCUAGGUGAUUCAAAGUGCGAAGUGGGAAUAGUCUCACUUCCAACAAAGCUCAUCCAAUAACAACAACAACAACCACCACAACAAUAUCAACCAAUCCAAAUGCUCCCGUAACAACAACUACCAAACAAUAUGAUGAUACCCCAAGUCACAUAACCCUUCUAAUGUAACUAUUAGCCACUCUUCAUACCAUAAUAAGUCAUGAUCUAAUAGCCAAAAUAGCAGCAAUUCAUGAUGCCUAAAUAAGAACGAAGAAUGUAUCAUCAAUUCGUAGAUCCAACAUAAUUUAAUCUUCCCUAAUAAAUUCAACCUCUUGAAUAAGAUACGAAACUCAAACCGAAUCACAAUCUAAAUGGAAACCAAGAGAUUCUUGAUGGGUUUUUAAACUUUGACACCAAUCAACAAUAAUAGUAGCGACAAGAUUGGGAUACAUUUUGGAGCGGGUUCAUGUUUAGAAGUAAGAGUCAUAAGGUUGGAGUGGAUGCCAAAUGUUAGGAAUCGGAAGUAAUUGGAUUUACUAUUAACAUCUAUAGGCUCCCAUAACUAUGUCUCCAUAAAUAUAAGUGAAUUAUAAGGGAAACUUUACUGAUGCCAAGAAGUUAGCCUAUGAGGCUUUCAAAUUCAUUCUCUGUCCUUCCGAUGCCACUUAGGUUCUGAUUUUAACUUAUAUCUUUAGAAUACUGUAUUUCAGGAAUAUAUAGAUUAUUUUUCAGAAAAGAAUAAGAUUGGGGUUGCAUAUAUAGGAAACAACCUCCUGUACUUGCUCCCACCAAAUGAAAUCACAAACUCCAUCUUGCCAAUACAAGGAUUAGAAAUAUUAGCGCUGUAUGUCGAAGAUAAGAAAAAAUUCAUCAAUUCCAAUUAAGAUCAUGUGUUAUGA